CAGCCAUCUUUAAAAUUGAAAGCCUUUUUUUUCGUUUGUGUGCCAAUUAUUUCUUUAAAAAUCAUCGCGAUGUCUAACAAUCAACAUCAAAUCGACUUCAAGCUGGAAUUUGGUGAAAUCUCUUCACUAACUAACUUUAACGCCACUCCGGCCAGUAAGGGCAAGGAUUUGACUGUUGGCGACGCCACUCCGGCCAGUAAGGGCAAGGAUUUGGCUGUUGGCGACGCCACUCCGGCCAGUGAGGGCAAAGAUUUGACUGUUGGCGACGCCACUCCGGCCUACAAAAGCGCCGAGCCAAACGCUUCGAUGAAGGCUACCGCUGGCAACUUGGGGCUAGCUUCGUCUACCAUUGGAGACGCCACUAUGGGAGUAUCCAGCCACGUGACCAAUCCACGCAAGUUGAUUUUCCACGGCUGUUGCAAGUUGACGGACGAGGAGUUGUCUGAGCACUACAAAUUGAAUGAAACGACUGACGAGGAGCUGGCUUCCGUGGGCCUCAAUCGACAGGAGGUCAUUGACUCAUAUCGCGUAAUGGACGAAGUCUCAAUUCUGCGCGGAGACCCUUCGCUCUUGAAAAAGAAGCCUGAACCAGAGCCCGAGAUCGUGAAAGCGGAGCCCGAGGCCCAGCCAUGGGAGCACUUCUUAAUAACAUAUGAAUUCCCAAUGCUGAACCGUUUGGUUGUGCUCCUUUCCACCGAUGAUAGGCUCUUCCGCGCAUUUAUGCAGCGCGACUUGCCAGCUGAGUAUCCGUUGCACCUACCCAUGUAUCGAACUUAUCCUCCCGAGGAGCGUCAAAUCAAUCUUUUCAUACGUUUUUGCGAACACCUGGAGUCAUUAUACCUGGGGCCCAGGUACUUCGAAGCUCACGACAUGGUGGCCAGCUACAUACGUGCCUUACGCCAGCGCAAAUUUUCAAUUAACGCUAGCAUGAUAAACUAA